UCUUGUUGACAGCAUCAUGGAAAUCAGCCACGUCCACCACUUCGCAACCUCGAAUCACCUCUACAACCUACGGCCAAAGAAGGCUGCUGCCAGCAAUUGACUGGUCAUUUCCGACAUGGCAGACCUAACGACGACUUUCAAUGGCCUCCUAAAGGGCCACGAGGCGCCCUCGACGAGUCCCUUCAGUCUGGACAUUGCCGAUGAAUUCCUCAAGGAAGCCUACCGGAUAAACUCCCUCAUUGCACGCCUGCACACCGAGCUGCGCAACCUGCGCCAGGCAUACCUCUCGACCGCCGCCCCGCGCAAAACCCACCUUCGCGUAUCGGCGGCCCGCCCGGCACCCUCGCAACCCGUGUACCUCACAGACCGCGACCGGGAGGAGAUUGAUGCCAACGCAAAGAUGACGCUCCGCGACCUCAACGCCCGCAUCCGCGCCCUCGAGGACGCCGAGCAACUACGGCAGAGCACCGAGGCCGCUCUGCUGCGCAAGCGCAUGUCGCGUGGCCUGGGUGCUCUGGGCUCGUGGGCUACGGGGGGGAAGACCAGCGAGCAGGCCGCGGCGCGGCAGCUUGGCGCGCAUCGGGAGAGCGUGAUUUGGUAUCUGAGGACCCGGCUGCAGGAGACGACGAGGACGCAGCAGCGUAUGAUGGAGACGCGCCUGGCUAGGGAGAUGGAGAAGAACCGGAGCGUGCUGGCCAAGGCUUCUUCUACGACGACUAGAAGUGCGCUUAUGGCAAAGGCGACGGCAUCGCACGAGGCGACGACAGGACCGGCCGCGCCGGCAAGGAUACCGCAGAGCCUAGCAGCAGCAGCUUCGAGUACCACCGGUCUGCCACCGGAGGAAGGACCGAGGAACAAACCUACAGCGGACAAUCUCACGGAAGAGCAGGUGCAGAUGUUUGAGAAGGGCAACCAGGACAUGCUCAAGCACCUCGAAAGCACGCUGGACAAAGUCAGAACCGCCGAAAGCUCGUUGCUGGAAAUUGCCGAGCUCCAGAACAUGCUGGUCAGCAACCUUGCCACGCAGUCGGCACACAUUGACCAGCUGGUUGCCGACUCGUUCGAGACAAUAGAGGGCAUCGGCAAGGGAAACCAGGAGCUCAAGAAGAGCGUAGGCAGACCGAGCCCAGCCCGUUACACCUUUUUCGCUGCUGCGGGACUCUGUACUGUGUUGAUCUUGUGGGAUUUGAUUGUUUGAGUCUGGCCAUGCGGUGCUGGCAUCUCCCAACUGAAUCGGAUCGGGUAUACGUUCGCUUUUGACAGCGAUAAGUACCUUAGGUUCCGGACAACAAAGUUCAACUGUAGAUGUUCCUAGUACAUUCUUGUGAACUUAAGAAAUGUCGGGCGAUACACCUGGAAGCCCCUUCUAAACGGCGCGGUUGUCCUAGGGGGACCUCAUGUUUGAAGUAUACGGUAUCCAAACUCAAUAGGAGUGAUAGGGAGGCUAGGCAAUGAAACAAUUGCCUAGAUCAUAGUACAUACCAACAUAUACUACUCGUCCUUAAGUUCCACAUUCAAGGGAUCCGUUUCUUCGGAAAAGCGUCUCUCACGCCACUGAGCGUCACUUCACCUUCACCUCCUUACACCCUUCUCGUCCGGAAUUGCACC